AUGGGUUCAAGCGCGAGAAAAAAGAGAGAGAAGAAGAAAGACUUCCAGAAAGUAAAACUCCGGGUUGGCAAAACUAAGGCAAAGGCCGACAACUUCACAGACACCAGUUUCAAGUCGAAAUCAAUUGUUGUAAAUCAGCAAUCCCUUACAACUAUUGCGCCUUCGAAUGUUGUGCAAUUUACUCAUUAUCUCUCACUGGCAUCGACUUCAAAAUCGGACACUCAACGAAAAGAUGCGCUCGCAUACCUUACAACCCAACUCUCUUCCCAACCUGUAAACGCACCCAUACCCCUCCCGACUGCCGUCAUCCUCCCCAAACUCCUUCCUCUGAUUCUCGAUGGAAAUGCUUCUGUGCGAUCACAGCUUCUCAAAUUCCUCCGACUCCUGCCACCUUCAGAUAUCGGCGAUCGCGCAGAAUCCGCAUUACUAUACACAAGAGCUGGCAUGACGCAUCUGGCCACGGAGAUACGUGUAGAUGCUUUGGCUGUGUUAGAAUGGCUUCUUCAAGUUGCGGGGGAUGAUGUGGUUUCAUGUCCAGGUGGGUGGGUAAAAACAUUGAAAAGUUUCAUGUCAAUGAUAGGCUGGACUACAAGCAGCGCCACGUCAAAAUGGUCAUCUGCAAGUAGGGUUAGCUUUGGACUAAGUAGGGCCAGCUUUGAGAAGUCUGGCAAAACUCUUCCAAGACAAUUGAUGGUGUUAUCCCAGUUUCUUAAGGUUGGUUUGGUGGAGCCAGAAGUGGUUGUGCAACCAGGUACAAGUGGUAACCACUUCCCACUUUGGGAUGUCGAGCGACAUAUGGUACCUUCGAGAGCAAACGCAUAUGCGCACCUAAACCUAUUUGGAUCAUCCAGGGACGAAGAAGGAGAAAUGUAUAUUGACAGGGAAGAUCGCCAAAGAGUUUUCCACAAAAGAUUCCAGGCAGAAUUGAUGACAGGAGUAGAACAUGCUAAGAGAGAGGCAGGUGAAGCUGGCAGAGCUGCGGCAGUCCUCACAAAGGUUCUACGGGAUGGUAUGAAUGAUUAUAGUAGCGUUGAUGAUACCCAAUAA